AUACGACGAAAAUCCAACUGUGUUUUAUCUAUUUAUCCAAUGUUGUCCAAUUUAAAAGUUUAAAUUGAAAAAAUGUCCAGAAAAAAUCUUAAUGAAUUGGGGACAAGGCGAAGACGUGAUAUUUUGAAUCAACUUAUGAGAGAUUCAAGGAACGAAGCGGAACAUUCAGGACGUAAUGAAGAAAUUCUUCAAAACUGUUCACCUAACGCUGAAAUCGAUGAGGGAACUUUGGAAGGCCAAAGUCAUGCAGAAUGUCGACACAACCUACAAAUGGAGUACGACGUCUUAGGCGAAGACCAAGCAAGCCCGCCAGAACUACCAGGCAGAGAAUUGGAGGAAAAUGAAUCUUCGGAGGAUGAAUGUGAAUAUUGGGAUGCAGAAUACGAAUUGAAUGAACAGAAUGAAUGGUCAGAGCAGGAAGAUGAAGAAAACGAGCAGGAGAAUCGCGGAUGUAGAGAAAAUGAAGAGGAGUUUCGUAGGAGGCAGCGUGAAAAUGAUGACGAUGAGGACUUUUAUGAUCAACGACCAUUGUAUCGUGGAGCUCCUUUGAAUGUGGGGGAGAGUAUGUUGCUCAUCUUGACAUUACUUCUUCGCCAUAACCUCAAUUAUCUCUGUUUGGCUGAUAUCAUGACUGUUAUAAAUCUACAUUGUCUGCAACAGAAUCUGAAGAAAAAUAGCUUAACCAAAUUCCAAAAGUAUUUUUCAUUAAAUGAAAAUGAAAUGAAAAAGCAUCAUUAUUGUGCAACGUGCUUGAGACCAUUAACUUCUGCAAAUGAUGUGUGUCCAUCUUGCCCAAAGAAAAAAAUCGCCUAUUUUGUUGAGAUGCCCUUUCUCAAUCAACUGGAAGAAAUGUACAAAAGAGAUAAUUUUUAUGAUUGUUUACAAUGGAGAUUGAGAAGACAGAGGAAUGCACCUGACGGGAUUUCGGAUAUCUAUGAUGGAUCGUUAUACGAAGAGUGGAUGAACAACGGAUUUUUAAGCAAUCCACACAAUAUCUCUUUCAGUUGGUAUACUGAUGGAAUACCUGUAUUCAAAUCAUCCAAGGUCGGCGUUUGGCCUUUAUAUUUAACCAUCAAUGAACUGCCUCUUUGACAUGAGGAAGAAAAAGGAAAACACUUUGCUUGCUGGUCUUUAGUAUGGAGAUAAAAAACCAAAUGCCAAUGAAUUUGUUUAUUCAUUCCGCGAUACAUUCAAGCAGAUAGCAACUGGUGUUCGAAUAUUUGUUCCUAGUGAAAAUGGAAUGAUUACAGUACGAGGUCUGCUACUAAUGGGAACUUGUGAUCUGCCAGCAAAAGCUGAAUUUUUGAAUUUCAUUCAGUUCAAUGGGAAUUAUGGGUGUCCAGCCUGUUUUUCAAAAGGAGAAAAUGUGCCUACUGAGAAUGAAGGCUCAGUGCAUGUAUACCCAUAUGAGGCUGAGCCAGAAAUGCGAACUUCAGAAGUCUGCGUAGAAUAUGGCAAUAUCGCUAGUCCUGAAAGACCCGUCAUGGGGAUCAGGGGUCCAAACGCUUUCUCAAAGAUCAUGCCAGAUUUCAUGAAGGGAUUAGCGAUUGAUAAAAUGCAUUGCAUCGAAGGUGGAGUUGUUAAAAAAUUGUUGACUUUAUUAUUCGACGUCAAAUACCGUUUUCGUCCAUUCUCUCUAUAUCACGUUAUCGAUGUCAUAAAUACUCGAUUGAUUAAUAUUAAACCACCGAAAUUUGUGCAUCGUAUGCCUCGUUCCAUCCAAGAUUUAACCCACUGGAAAGCUUCAGAGUUAAAACUAUGGUUUUUUUAUUAUUCAAUUCCAGUUUUUCAUGGGGUUAUGAGACAAGAUUUCUUUGAGCAUUAUCUCCUAUUAGUAGUAUCAAUAUCUUUGCUAAAUGGUAACUUCAUCAACACAGAAAUGAGAGAAAUAGCUCAUGAUAUGUUGCAUAAAUUUGUGAAAGAGUUUGAAUUGAAAUACGGUCUAGAAUUUUGUACAAUAAAUAUACAUCAAUUACUGCAUCUAGCAGUUUCCGUAAAAAUUCAUGGUCCAUUAUGGGCGCAUUCAUGCUUUGAAUAUGAAAACUUAAAUGGCCAAUUUCUGAAGUUAGUCCAUGGCACAUGGCACCUCGAUACACAAAUAGUCAAAUCCCACGCUCAGUUCAUAAAAAUGAGAAAAUUUAUUGAGCGUCUUCCAGAAGGCCCACUCAGAGAUUUCUGUUUACAUCAAAAACGUCAGGUCAAAUUAAUUGAGAGAAUUAUUCCUCAUUGUUACAGUGUAGGAUAUUAUAAAAAUAUGACGGAUGAUAUGAGUGAUAGAAUUCGCAAUGCAUUGCAAAAUUCUCAUUUAGCACAAUUCACAUUUAUAUGGCAGUACCUGAGGCUGUUGAAAGAUCAACAGCUCUAUGUAGCAGAAUUAUAUCCAAAAGAUUUGCAAACUGAAUCUUACAUAAUUGAAUAUCUUGAUAAUGGGAAAAGGGAACUAGGUUCAGUCCAUUGUUUCUUAAAGAUUGUUAUAAGAUGCGAAUGUCGUCAAAUUGUUUGUCAGUGCCAGGGUCAUCAUGUUGCAGUCAUAAAACAACUCGAAGCUUAUGACUCAUUUGUUGCUGAAGGUAAUCAAUACACUCGACCCACAGGACAUUUUUUGAAUAAGUGCCGCAUAACUGACAAUCUACUUGCUAUCAAUAUUACUCAAAUAGAAAAUGUCUGUGUGCGAAUGGUAAUUGAUGGGGAACUUUAUAUUGCAAUACCUGUCAAUAAUAAGGAACGUGAAUGAAAUCGAAUGUAUCGAUUUACUUUCUGUUCAAAUAUUUCUUAUAAUUAUUGGAAAAUGUUUCAAAUAAAAGAGGAAGUUUUAUGCCGUCAAAACUGAAGUUUUCAUUUACAAUUAAAAACAAAAGAAUAAUAAUCAUGCACUUCCGAAAUAUUUUUUUC